UAUAACAUUCGUAUCCGCCAUUAUUUUUGUUCUACAAUAUGUAUUUUUCAAUGUUUUGAAGCAAUAUGAAGAUUCUGAAAGAUUAUGUUCAAAAUGCCUAUUACCAUUGCCUGCAAUACACGGUCAACAAAAGGUUGCACUGGUCUGAGAGGGUAUUUUGGAUAAUCUGCGCAUUAUUGUCGACGGCGGGAGCCUUAUACGUAGUGAUGGCAUCGAUGCAAAAGCAAUCGAAAAGUGCGUUCAGAGUGCAUGUAAAUUACAUGGCUUUCAAAACGCCUUUUCCCACAAUCGCAUUUUGUGAAAGGCGCGACGAAUUCGGCAAAACUAAGGCAUACCUGGAAAGUCUGAACGAAUCAGUAAGCGAAAACGAUAUAGAAUUUUUGAAAAGCGCGAUAUAUUACGUUCCGUUCGAAACCGCCAUAGUGAACGGGCCUUGCUACAGGACGUAUCUAACUAGUGGAAGCAUUAAUGACACCCUGUGCCCGUUAACUCGCAGGCUUAUCGGCAGUUUUAGUCAACACGAGUACCAUGUGAAAAGCGCGUGCGCGGACCUGCUUACGUCAUGCUAUUACAACGGCGCUGAAUUCGAAUGUUGCGAGAAAUUUCUGCCUCUGCCGUCCUACAUGGGCAAGUGCUUCGCCAUUAACAGUCUGGCGGCCGAUCUUAAAAAGAACAACAUUAAAGCGUCAAACAGGGAAGACAUCCCGCCCUUGACAUAUUACAUCAGUCACAGACCGGGGCUUAACCCUGGCAAUUUAUCGGUCGAGGUGGCGCAUAGUUACAUGUCGGUAUGGUUCAUGACGCCCAACGGUUUACCAUCGAAAGCGUCUCAGAAAAAUCACCAUUUCAUCACUGCGGAUUAUGCCAACGCGGACUUGUUGGACGUCCAUCUUAGAAUUGAAGCCGUGGUAGGGGUCAGCGACCUUGCCAACGUGCCGUUGGAAGAGAGAGGGUGCAGAUUCAUCUACGAAAGCAAAGACAUGAAGACGUUUAUCCAUUAUUCGAUGAAUGGAUGCGAGAUCGAGUGCCUCAGGGAGGCACAAAUAUUCCAUUGCGGUUGUAAGGCGCAUGUUUUGCCCACAGAACACGAAAGUGAAGAUGCCGAGUGCGACUCUACCGGCUUGAACUGCUUGACUGAGCUCAAGAAAAAAGAGGUCUUAGAACGGGCAAGUACGUGCGAUUGUGUCAGCGACUGCAAUAGUUUGGAGGUGUUCAAGGUUGGCUACAUUCCAAAACUUCUGAUGAAUGCGAGGCAAUCAUUUUUCCUGUGUGAUGGUUUUGUAACUGUGGGUUGCAGUUUUAGGAACUCUAGGUCGAAAAAGAGAAUAAAUUUCCUCGUUCCUUUACCGGCUAUCAGAUACGAACGAGUCGUACUUAGAGGCACUAUAGAUCUCAUAGUCUCUGUUGGGGGUGCGCUCAGCCUCUUCAUUGGCUGUAGUUACAUGAGUAUCGGGCAAUUGAUUUACUAUUUCUUUAUUAAGGCUACAAGCGAUUUCAUAGUUCAGAGGAGACGUAUGAGGAUUUUGAAGAAGAUGAAAUUUUGCAAACAGACCUUCGCCAUUCAACGACAGAAACUUGUCCGGGGGCAUUAGACAUUGACAUCAAUAAGAAUUAAUGUAUCUAUUCUAAUCUUAGCACCAAUAUUGUCGGUUAUACACUUUUGCUGCUUUAA